AUGCUGUCCAUCCGCUUUCUCUGCCUUCCCCUUCUCCUCGCAGCUACCGCACUCGCCGCGCCCACCGCGCCCGACACGCCUGUCCUCGAGAAGCGUACCUCCCCAAAGGUCACUCUCGACAAGGCCACCUUCGUCGGCACCGGGGACGGCAGCGUGAACAAGUUCCUCGGCAUCCCCUUCGCCAAGGCCCCUGUCGGCAACCUGCGCUUCAACCUCCCCGCUGCUGUCGAUCCCUACAACGGCACUCAGACCGCGACCGCUUUCGGACCGGCGUGCCCCCAGCAGGCGCUCUCGCUCCCGGUCCUCUCUGGUGUGCUCUCCGAUGCCGCAGACACCGUCGUCAACGGCUUCCUUUCGCUCAUCGAGCCUUCCGCCGAAGACUGUCUCUCGCUCAACGUGAUGGUUCCUGAUGGGACCAAAGCAGGCGACAAUCUGCCCGUCGCUGUGUGGAUUUUCGGAGGUGGCUUCGAGAUCGGCGGCACUAACAUAUACGACGGGGGUGGCAUCGUCAAGCGCUCGGCCGCUAUGAAGUCGCCCAUGAUUUUCGUGAGCAUGAACUAUCGCGUCUCUGCGUACGGCUUCCUUGCCAGCAAGGAAGUGAAAGCGGCCGGCGUCGGCAAUCUCGGCCUCCAAGACCAACGCCUCGCACUUCAAUGGGUACAGAAGUACAUCACCCAAUUUGGAGGCGACCCGUCCAAGGUAACCAUCUGGGGUGAGAGCGCGGGCGCGAUCUCCAUCGCACUCCACAUGGUCUCCAACGGCGGCGACCCCCAGGGCCUCUUCCGCGGCGCGUUCAUGGAGAGCGGCUCGCCCAUCCCCGUUGGCGACAUCGAGCACGGCCAGGGCGACUACGACGCGCUCGUGUCCCAGACCGGCUGCACGGGCGCCGCGGACACGCUGCAGUGCCUCCGCGAGGUCGACUUCAGCAAGCUCAAGAAGGCGGUCGACGCCUCGCCCUCCUUCUUCUCCUUCCAGGCCCUCAAGCUCGCCUGGAUCCCGCGCGUCGACGGCGUCUUCCUCACCCAGCCGUCGCAGCAGCUCGUCGUCAACGGCAGCGUCGCCAAGAUCCCCUUCGUCUCCGGGGACUGCGAGGACGAGGGCACGCUCUUCUCGCUCUCCUCGCUGAACGUGACGACCGACGCCGGCGCGCGGUCGUACAUCAAGGACGUCUUCACCCCGAACGCGACCGACGCCGAGCUCGACAAGCUUCUCUCCCUCUACCCGAGCACGCCCUCCGCGGGCUCCCCGUUCGGCACCGGCGCCUUCAACGCGAUCACGCCCCAGUUCAAGCGCAUCGCCGCCUUCCAGGGCGACCUCGUCUUCAACGCCGCCCGCCGCUUCUUCCUCCAGCAGCGCGCCGCGGACCAGCCCGUGUACUCCUUCCUGAGCAAGCGGUUCAAGGUGACGCCCGUCCUCGGCGCGUUCCACGUCACGGACGUGCUCAACGUCUUCGGCGGCGGGGAGCUCACGGACUACCUCAUCAACUUCACGAACAACCUCGACCCGAACGGGCCGACGGUCCCGGCGUGGCCGCAGUACACCGUCGCGCAGCCGCAGCUGAUGACGUUCCUCGACGGGUUCACCCCGACGAAGAUCACGACGGACGACUUCCGGAAGGACGCGAUGUCGUUCGUCAUUGAGCUCUCGCUCAAGUACCCGCUCUGA